UAAACUAAUAAGUUACAAACGAAAUCGGGUCAGAGCUAGGAGAAAAUAUGAACAAUCUUCGUGUAGUAACCGUUGCAUUGUUUUUGGCCGCUCUUGUCUUCACCGCUUCUUUUUCAAACUCGGUGGUGGAGGCUAAGCCUAAGAAAACGAUCACAAUCACAUUCAAAUGCAAAAAGAAAUCGGAUUGUUUCACAAACAUUGCUUGUGAAGCUUGUACUGAUUGCCGAUGUGAUAAAGGAUUAUGUAGAUGCCAUGGUUAUGGUGGACAAGCUGGACAUCCCAAAGCUGCGCCAUUAACUGCUUAAUAUUAAUUUUUCUAUUUUCUUUUCAAUAUUUCUCUUUUUUCUAGUAAUCCAAAAGAAUAAUUAAAAAAUA